AUGCUUGGCCGUUCAAAUGCUUACUUACCAAGCGAUCAAUAGCAUAUGGUUCCACAAGGCUACAGCUACGUUCCCUAAUCCUAAAUAAUGAUAAGAUAACAGCAACAAAGCUAAAUAGCAACUCCUCUAAACUAAGUCAAUCCCAGUUUCCAACUUUAAAAUUAAGAGGGUUUAGUCCAUCACAUCAAGUCCUCAUUUGGAAAUUUUUCAAACUGCGAUCUGAAUCAUGUCUCAAACAUUUGCUAAUGCCCAAUGUUAAACUAAGAGCAAAUGAGAGUGGAUGAUAGGUUCAAUGUUGACAGUUCAGAUGAGGAUUUGACUGAGUUGACGAAUCCCCAUUUAGUGAAUCUGGAUUUGGCUCUGGAUUCCACUGAUUAGAAUAAGCUAAAUUAUAAUAAUCGAUUUAAUAGUAAGUACGCUUCUAACGAGAGACUCAAAUUCGAUUUCAAAAGAAAUCCAGUGCCAUUUACAAUGCAAGAAGUUGUUAUUGAUGGCUGCAGAGUGUACAAAAAAAAGUUUAACAACCCUAGCACCAAAAGAAAAAACACAAUUCUAUAUUGUGGCAAGUGCUUGAGACCAUUUACGAAGAUAUGCAAUUUGAAAGAUCACUUAAGGAUUCAUACUGGCAAAAAGCCUUAUGUUUGCAAUGUUUGCACAGCAGACUUCAAGCAGAAGGGCUAGCUUACUAAGCAUGAGAAAAUUCACUAGCAGAGCGAUGAAAAUUCGGGCUAGAGAAUACGCCUCAGCUAUCAAAGAUCUAGAAGAUAUGUAGCAUCUCAAGAACCAGACGACGAUGACUUGCCCAGUUGUGACAAUGUUCUUAAGAUGCUAAAUUAUCAUACUGCUACGGAAAACAUUGGAGACAUCAUUAGGAAAGUAAAUGAGGGGAAUAUAGAUUCAGACUAAACGAUUAGCUAAGAUGAAGAAUUGCUCAUUCAACGAUAGUUUGAGAAAGCCUCUCAAGUUUAAACUAAAUAAGAUGAACUAUUUUAAAGCAAAACAACUAUAUUGAGAGAGGAAGAUGGCUCUUCUAGAGUUGUUAACCAAUCUCAAUGA